CUUGCACGUCCUCAAUAAACUAACAACAAAAGCUCAUCUGUCAACAUGGCGGCCAAUUUUUAAAGGACCACCCCUCUCUUUCUCCACCUUCUCCCAUCUCUUCCUCUUCUUCUUCUUCUCACAUCACCAACCUAAUCCUCCAUUUUUAUCUCCCUCUCUUCUCUUUUUCUACCCUAUUAUCGACGUCGUCGUCAUCUCCGCCGGCAACACUGAUCAAGAGGGACGGACUGUCAUCCUCCAUCAAUAUUAUUAGCUUCGGAUUUUUGCAGACCCUAAGUUUUUAGGCAAGUAUAAAUAGUAAUUAUGGACGGUAAGUACAAUAACAGCGCACUAAUCACUGAUCAAGAAGAGAACGAUAAUAGUACAGAAAGUGGUCCUGAAUCACCCCAUUCUUCUAGCUUGCUUAACGAUAUGAAGAUGAGUUCUACUUCUUCCCCUAAAAGAAGCAAACGAGCAACACAAAAAAGAGUAAUAUCAGUGCCAAUCAAAGACAUAGAAGGCUCAAGGCUGAAGGGAGAAAAUGCUCCUCCACCAUCCGAUUCUUGGGCCUGGAGAAAAUAUGGCCAGAAACCCAUCAAAGGCUCACCUUACCCCAGAGGAUACUACAGGUGUAGCAGUUCAAAGGGCUGUCCAGCAAGAAAACAAGUAGAAAGAAGCCGUGUGGACCCCUCAAUGUUGGUGGUCACUUAUUCUUGUGAACACAACCACCCUUGGCCACCACCUUCAAAGAAUCACCAUCACCACCACCACAAUAACACCAAACCCAACUCUACAUUAAUCAAGCCCGAAAUAUCCACACCCAGAAAAGAACCAGAAAACCCAGAACAACCCGAGCCUGAAGAGAGGUUCACUGAUCUCGGAGACGGGUCACUUAUAAGUACAGAUGAGUUCAGCUGGUUUGGAGAAAUGCAAACAACUUCUUCUACCAUUCUUGAAAGCCCGAUUUUUGCGGACGACAGGAGUAGGGCAGAAGAAGUUGAGCCGGCAAUUUCUUACCCUAUAAAAGAAGAAGACGAGUCACUUUUUGCCGAUCUUGGCGAGUUGCCGGAGUGCUCGUCGGUGUUCAGGCACCACCGUGGAGUGGGGCCACAAGUCCAGAUCUGUUGAUGGGUCAUCAAAGGUGGGCGUAUCAUAUGCACCAUAAGAUAACAAAACAAGAAAUUACAAGCAUUUUUAUUUUAUUUUAUAAUUUUGAAUUUCUGUUUAAAAUUUUAAUUUUUAUUCUUGUUUUUAGCUUUAAUUUUGCCUUGAUUUCAGUGUAGUAAUAAGUGAAUAAAUAGGAAAGGGUCCAUUUCUGAA